AAAUAAAUAAACAGAUAAUAAAUAAUUCGAACAACAGCAACAACAACAACAACAACAAUAAUAGUAAUAAUAAUGAUGAUGAUAGUACAUAUGUACUUAUAAGAAUAGAAUUACAUGUACUUGUAAGAAUAUGAAUCCGUCAACUAACGUCAAACUUAACAAGUUCGUCGGGCAAGACUUCCCCUUCGUGAAGCCAUGCUGUGACUGAUUUAUCAAGUUAUGUUUGUCUAAAUGCUCCCUAAUGUUCCUCGCUAUUAUUGACUCCAAUAUUUUAGCCACAACUGAAGUUAAGCUGACAGGUCUAUAAUUAGACGCUAAAGUUUUAUCUCCUUUCUUAAAGAUGGGUUAGCCUGCAUCCACAUUACUGGUACCUCACCUGACUCAAGUGAUUUCCUAAAGAUAGAAACUAACGGCUCACUAAUAACCUCUUUGCAUUCCUUAAGUACUCUGGGAUAUAUUUCAUCUGGUCCUGGUGUCCUGAACUUUUUAGCCUAUCUAUCUCCUGUUCCACUAUCUCCUUAGUUAUGAAGAUAUCUGCCAGCUUCUCAUUCUCAUCUGCUCUAAACAUAUGUUCACUAUUCGACAUAUCUUGCAUGUUUCCCUGGGUGAAGACAGUUAAGAAAUACUCUUUCAGAAUUUUACUAUUCUCCUCCCCAGAACUAACCAGCUCCCCAUCUGCUGCCUUUAAUGGACCUACAGUAUCCUUAUUAUUCGUCCUGUAUACCUGAUAAAAUCCCUUAGGGUCCGUCUUCUCCUGGCUGGCUACCUUUAAUUCAUAAUUGCCCUUAGCUUUCCUCGUUAACCUCCUGACUCCAUCCAUCCAUUUAGGGUAAUUUUUUUCUGUGAUCUUAUUGCUCUAUACAGGAUGUUUGCUAACUGACCUGUAUGCAAUUUAUCUACGAAAUAUUUAAACAAUUCAUCUACAAUUUAUUCACCUAGUCCUCUCAUCUCGGCCCCUUCCUUCUUCUCCACUCCCUCAUCUACUCGCCUCGACCUCACUUCUCUUAUUUCAACAUGACCUGACCCUCCAACAUACUCACACCUAUCUCCCCCCAUCUCUCUCUCUCCUCCGCCCCUUCCGGACACAUCUUCCCUCCUCUUGUCCUACACCUUCACGACUCACCUCAUCUCUCUCAUCCUGCCUUAUCUCUCUAUAAAGAAAAUAGUUUUCAGUCUCUUUAUGGAGUAAAAAUGAAGUACUAGUGACAUAUGUACUUUUGUUGUCUGUAGGCUGCUAAUGAGUCUAUGGUAUCAUGUUAUUGGCAGAGUUUAUCCUGAAAAGAAAUACGUUUUCUUAGUGUCUCCCGUAUUCCGUUUUCUUCUGAGUAUAUUAUUCUUAGUUAUAAGUUAGUAUAAGGCUUAUUUACUCAUUUUCUAUCAUGUAGUAUUAUUCUCUUCAUAAUUUAAGUUCUUUAUAUAUAUGUAUAUGUAAGGGAAAAGGUGUAUUUGAGGUGGAAUGUGUGGAGGCGAGGGAUGAUACCUGUCUGGGUUUUGUAUCUGAAUCUACAAAUUCUUCAGAGAACGAUAGAGGCCCCGAGGGAUCAGAGGGGAGACAUUCUCUCGGGAUAAAUUUGGGUGGUGUGGUGAUUAAGUGGGUGUGUGGAGGUAUUAGUGGUAUAACCCUGAUAUCCAGGAUCAGGUUGUUUCCCAACAAUGCACCAAAGAAUUUCAACAAACCAGACAUCAGUAUUGAUAUGCCUCAUUGGAAUACUACUGACAGGAUGUGUAGCGGAAGACAAGCAGUGUGAGGUGUUGGACGUCUCUGUCAAACCCAAUGAGGUAAACUCAACCUUCGUGUACGGCAUCACAUACAAAGACCCCUCCUGCCCCAACAAAGGAAAGCUGAAAGGAAAACUGAUCAAUUGCAAUGGAUCUGACAUCUACCAGGAGUUGGUGGGUGAAGGGGAGGUCCAUAACUGCUUCUUUGAGGGAAUGUGGAUGGUGACAGUGUCUAAAAACGUGAACUCCACCUGUUUCCAUUGCUGGGGGUUGUAUAUGAAACACCACACACUACCCUUUUUGAGAUAUGAUUUCCUGAACAUCACAUUAAAAAAUGUUCACCCUGCAGUGAAAAACUGGAAUCUCACUAUCUAUAAGACCACAGUUAAGGCAGACUUCUACCCCUGUAGGAAAGGAACCAAUUUAAACGAGAUAACAGAAAGGUUUCAGGACACGCAUCUGAAGGCAAACAUCACGCUAUCGCUAAUCACGCUGAAACAUUCCUUUGACCCAAAUGCCUGUUAUUGCCUCGUGCUGAACCCAAUCAGCCAUUUGCCUCUAGAGCCUCGCAACACGUUCUUCACCACCAGCGACUGCAGACCCACUGCACCCUCACCUGAGAACGGAGUAUCACCGAUAGAUGAUCUGUCAAUGUCGAAAUGGGAGGAGGCAGAGUGGGGAGUGCUGGUGGGCAUGAUGCUAUUGAUGGUGGCCAUGAUUUUUGUUGCUUUCCGCAGUCCCGUAUUUCUCAGCAAAAUCCUCAGGCUGAAACGACUUAUAGUCACUGAGACGCCAUCUGAGAAGCCAGUGCCAUCCUGCGACUCUCAGGUGCUGCUUCUCUACGCACCAGACAUUUCAGACAGCCAGGACUUGAAUAUAUUGAAAAAGAAUCUUCUGGCUUCCUUCAAGGUGUUCGAUUUGUUUGAUCGCCCAGACCACAACCAAUUAGCUGACCCAUGCGGGUGGACAGAGGAGGUGUUGUUGUCGACCACAGGCGUGAAGGUGCUGCUGGUGGAGUCUGUGGGAACUGCUGAAAAAGAUUGCUUCUCUGCUUGAUUCUGAUAAAGAAAGUUUCAUGGAUGCGAUGGUGGCAAAGAAAUCUUUACAUGAUAAAACUGCAGAAAGUCUCUUGACGUUUGCUCUCAGGACCAUUAUCGCCUCAAGUCUUCGACAGGACUACUCGUCUGUAUUCGUGGUCAGGUUCACGGACGAAGUGAGGGAUGCAGUUGACCUGCUGGUGCAGAUGCGACGGUACAAAUUCCCGGACCAUUUUUCGGAGCUCUCAAAAGACAUGAAAGAAGCGAAACGCAGGAAUGUGUAGGAGAGAGAGAGAGAGAGAGAGAGAGAGAGAGAGAGAGAGAGAGAGAGAGAGAGAGAGAGAGAGAGAGAGAGAGAGAGAGAGAGAGAGAGAGAGAGAGAGAGAGAGAGAGAGAGAGAGAGAGAGAGAGAGAGAGAGCAAAACAAUGCAGUUAAUAAAAAAAAAUAGAAAAUAAAAUAAAAAAUAAACCAGUGAGCUUCAUGUGGUUUUGUCCAUCAUGGACGUUUCAUCACUACAUGGAGUUUUCAGAGCCAAGUGAUGCGAUACACUGAUCUCCACUUAUUUUUAGGCCAUUUACCCCUGAAACUUACGUUUUCUGACACAAUGUUUCUGAGGACAACACACUCAGGUGAAAUUUAGGAAACAUCUACCUCUCCCCAUGACAAGUAAAUCACAUGCCCUUUUCCUGUUCCGUUUCCCUACUUUAGCCAGAAGGAAGGCGAUUAGCAGAAAGAAUCACUGUGUGUUUCAUGCUUUUCAUGCAGAAUUUUUUUUUUUUUUUUUCGGUAUUGAGACUUCUGUGAAUAGUCGUAAUUAAAGAAAAUGUAUUUUGUCCCGUCACCCACUCUCCCUAUUAUAUAUCAGUGAUCCUCUAAGUCAAACUCAUUAUUCUAUCCACUCAUAUGCUGAUGAUACCACUCUGCACUUUUCCACGACUUUUCUGAGACGUCCAACUCUGGAAAAAAAAAAUAUCACGCAGGGAAGCCACAGAAGACCUGACUUUUAAUCCAUCUAAAUUUUCUGACUGGUGCAGAAUAAACACUGUGUAGUUUCAUGCCUUAAAACCCAAUUCCUCAAUAUACUAGCUCGACACAACCUUCCAGAUAACUAUCCCCUUUUCUUCAAUGACAAUCAACUGUCCCCCUCUCCUACACUGAGUAUCUUCGGUCUGUCCUUUAUUAAUAAUCUACACUGGGAACUUCAUAUUUCAUGUACAACUAAAACAGCUUCUGACUCGACUCCGCCUGUACACAAAUUGAUGUGUCUCACUUUUUGCAAUUUAAACCAUAAAAUAGCAUCCGAAUCAUUAUCAGUAGUGAGCAAGCUUUUUUUUGCCAUUCCAAAUGUCAGAAGCAGGACCUUCAAAUCAGCUUGUAAAUAUUGUGGAAAAUACAUUUCCAUAUGAGGAACAACAUCCUCAGUCUUACUACAGCACCUCAAGGCUCACAAUCACCACUAUGUUGUCUUGAAACACCACACACUUUCCACUGCCAUUCACAAAAAGUGUUUGCUGGUAACCUCAAUAUCUUUUAAAGUAACAAAGUAGUGUAAAGUUUAACCUUUUUGGUUUUGUUAUCUAACAGCUAUAAUGGACUCACAAAUAUUGCAGUUUAUUAUGUCUCCACCCAUACACCUUCACUGCUAUUACCAGUCAAAAGUCAUUGUCCAUAAGGUAACUUUACCAUGAAAUAACUUUAGUAGUGUUUGGCAAAUCACUCAAUAGGUUAUUUUCCAACAAAACUGUUCAUGAAUGCAUUAGGAAAUACAGUGGAACUUUGGUUACCGAACGCCUCCCUUUUCGAACAGAUUUUUGAACUCAUAAUUGCUUUGGCUGUCAUACAAUAAUUCGGUUCUUGAACGAAGUUAGGUACUUCAUUUCAAAUACUGAAAAACAAAGCAGAAGCUGUUAUUUUUUACUAAUUUAUAGUUUUCAUAAAUAUAUCCUUGGUUUUUUAUGUAUUUGGAGGAGACAGUAAUUCAAUCUUUGAAAUAUUUUACCAGUGCAUUAGAUGCACUUUUUUCUUAAAAAAAAAAAAAAAAAGUAUCUAAUAAUUACUGUGUGUCCAAUGCAGCCAUAGUACAGAUACCUAUGCCUGUAAGCCCAGGUCUGUAGGUGUGAACUUGAAGCAGUAGUACACUAUGCACAAAUAUUGUUAUUAAUAUUACUGCUAAUAAAAUUCUCUCUCUCUC